AUGAGUGGCCGAGCUGGACGUCGAGGCAAAGAUGAUCGUGGCCUUGUGAUACUUAUGGUCGAUCAACAGAUGGGACAGGACGUUGCAAAACAAAUUAUUAAAGGUUCUUUCUUCUUCAUUCAUCUUUUGCUAAAUACAUGCCCUUGUUGCUCGUUCUUAUAA